AAAAUUAAUCCAAAAAAAAAAGACAAAACCCAAAAAACAAGGAGAAACACAUCUUUUUCUCUCUCGCUUCCCACAUCUUCUCUGACCUCCGCGCUGUAUGAAAAGCCGGCGGCGGCGGCGGAGGCAAUGCCGACUUCAGCGACGAACAACCGGCCGGAAGAUUUAAUUGUCCGACUUUCAUCGCCGGAAAAUCAGACGAAGUUCAAAGCACUAAGAGAAUUGAAGAAUCAGAUCAUCGGAAAUCGCACGAAGAAGCUAACAUACGUAAAACACGGCGUUGUAGUACCGACCGUAGUGAAUUCUCUCUCCUCAAAUGAUUCAUCCGUCGUCGUUCAAGCGUCGGCUGUUAUCGGAAGCUUCGCAUGUGGUGUUGAUGAUGGUGUUAAGGCCGUGCUCGAUGCCGGCGCUUUCUCUCUCCUCUUUGGUCUGGUCUCUCAUUCCGACGCUAAGGUUGUGGAUGCUGCUGCUCGAUCAUUAAAAAUGAUUUAUCAGUCAAAGUUGGCCCCUAAGUAUGAUUUUCUUUCAACGGAAAAGAUGUGCUUUCUUAUUUCGCUAUUGAAUAGUGAAGGUGAGAAUCUUACAGGGCUCGGUGCUACUAUUAUAACGCAUUCAUGCCAGAUAAAUGCAGAGCAGAAGGCGUUGUGUGACGCUGGCAUCUUAAAGAAGCUUUUAGAUCUUCUGGAAGGUUCUCUGACACAGAGAGAUGCUAGUUUGGAGGCUCUAGCCGCUGUUUUUAGGAAUAAUCCUGAUGGGAAUUCAGUGUUUGUUGAAGCCGAUGGUGGGAGAGCUUUCAGGAUUGUAUGUGAACUGACAAAAGAUAAGUAUCCUCGGACAAGACUUUUGGCCUCCAUGUGCUUGAUUGCUUUGUGGAACACUUCACCAUGUCAUCCGCGAGAUGUCGGACUCAGAACAAAGCUGAUACAUAUACUGCUUGAGCUUCUUGAUGAUCCUGGUCAAGUUGGCGAUGAAGCUCCUUUUGCUUUGUCCAGUUUGAUUGUUGGAAAAGAGGAUCUACAAAAAUUAGCCUUUGAAGCAGAUGUUAUUGACAAAAUGAGCAAGCUUCUAAAGAAAGACUCAUUGCAAGCUAAACGUUUACAGGGGAUUUUCUUGGCUCUUGCUGAUGUAUGCUCAAAGUUGGAAGUCUGCAGGGCAAAGUUUUUAUCUCUUGAGGUCCUCAAGUUGGCAGCUGAGGCAUUAAAUCAUGACUGCUGUGAAGUACGGAUUGCGGCUUGCAUGUGUUUGCGGAGUGUUUCUCGGUCAGUCAAGAAUUUGAGUGCAGGUGUUUUCAUGAAUGAACUGGUCAUGAUUCCAUUGAUACAGCUUCUAAAUGACGCAUCAGCUGCUGUCCAGGUUGCAGCACUAAGUGCUUUAAGUAAUGUACUGGUGGAAUUUACAAUGCGUAAGUCAACCUUUCUUCAAUACGGAGGUGUCAAACAACUUUUUCAUCUGUCGACAUCAAUGGAUUCUACUGUCAGGUUGAAUGCCAUAUGGUCUUUGAAAAACCUGAUCUUCCAGGCUGAGAACCAGUUUAAAGAGGGAAUCUUUAUGGAGCUGACACCUUCUACGUUGUGGAGUCUCAUAUCUGAUCAUGAGCCUGCAGUCCAAGAGCAAGCCAUCUGUUUUGUGCGCAAUCUUGUCGACGGGAGCGUUGACUCUAUCGAGUAUAUCUUCAGUGAAGAAGCUAUCAUAUUCCACGCCAUUGUAAGACAACUGAGGAGCGCUUCCAAGUCCGAAGUCUGCAUUCAGGGAAUGUAUGUACUUGCAAAUGUAGCAACUGGAAACGAAUUCCACAAAGAAGCAGUACUACAGCAACUUCUCCCACCAGUUGGUAGUGAUGACCAAUCUGUUUUAAUCAAGCUUUUGCAGAGCAGUGAUGAUAGGUUACGUACAGCAACUGUUUGGACUGUGGUAAAUCUCACUUUUCCCAGCAGCCCUGGCGCAUAUAGCCGGCUUCUCAAGCUACGUAAUGCUGGUGUAUAUUCUCAGAUAAAGAAUAUGGCGAAUGAUUCCUGCCUUGAUGUUAAGCUUCGUGUGAGAACUGCAUUGGGGCAGUCGAUUGCGUGUGUUGACAACUCUACCUAGUCUUUCUUCAACCACGAAGAGGCCCUGAUGUAAUAUUAGAGUCCAAGAGUUUGCACAUUUGUUUGUAACAGAGAUCUAUAGCCCUAUAUCCAGUUUUAGGGCAGAAACAGACUAAAACAGUAAACACCGAAAAUCUGCAGAAUUGCUGCUCAAAGAUUGCACACUCUCUGAAAAACAAGGGAUUUCGCGGCUCAGAGUUGAGAGUAAGAGGAUUCCAGCAUUUUGGGGACAAACAAACACCUAGAUUUUUCAUAUUAUUGCUUAAAAAAAGGUCUAUUACAGAAAAUUGUUGUAGAUUUACAGAUUGUUGUUUAGAUUCUUGAUAUUGAUUAUUCUAAGCUGUAUUUGAGCCGUGUGAACAAGGGUUUUGCCUCUGUGCCAGUAAUUGUUGUAAUUAUUGUAAUUGUUGUAAUUGCAUCAUUUGCACAGUUGCAUUAAGAUGAUGAUUUGUUUUCGGCCCACGAGUUGCCGUA